GACAAAGCAGAUUCAUUUUUUCCAGUGGUGUCGGUCGGGCAAGUAACAACCUGUGGACAUGUCUAACACGACAACAGACAGCUGUGCAGCAAGUGUUGCUAAAGGCAACAAGACAGACAUAGUCAAGGCGGAAUGCAGUGAGAACCGAACAGAGAUUGAUGCCUUCAUUGGGCAGUUGUCUUUGGAUCCUGCAGAGGAGUACAAGAUGAACAACAAACGUCGAGGUCUCGCUCUUAUCUUUAAUCAAGAGCACUUCUACUGGAUGCCACGCAGGUUUGGGACCAACGCUGACCGCCACAACUUGGAGAGAAGAUUAAAGGAGCUAAACUUUGAUGUGAAGGUUUAUGAAAACUACAAAAAGGAGAAAGUCUGGAAUAAAAUCUGUGAAGCCUCAGAAGCUGACCAUUCAGAUGCAGACUGCUUUUUGCUCAUCUUCUUGAGCCACGGCGAACAAGACCAUGUUUUCGCCUUUGAUGACAAGAUCUCCAUCCCAGACAUCACGGCUCUGUUCAAAGGAGACAAGUGUAAGAGCCUUGUAGGAAAGCCAAAGAUCUUUGUAUUACAGGCAUGCCGCGGAGACAAGCAUGAUGACCCAGUGACGCCCGCCAAUAAUGAUGAUGUUGACAGUCACUUGAUGACAAAUCAGGUGGUGGUGGAUGCCCAUGCCAUCCAUACCCUCCCUGCUGGAGCUGAUUUCAUCAUGUGCUAUUCAGUGGCUGAAGGCUACUAUUCCCACCGGGAGACCAUCAAUGGCUCCUGGUACAUUCAGGAUCUGUGUGACGUACUUAAAAAGUUUGGGAGUUCCCUUGAAUUUACAGAAUUGCUCACACUGGUCAACAGGAAAGUGUCGAUGAGGAGCGUUGGCAAUUGUAACGACCGGAGUGCAAUUGGAAAGAAGCAAGUACCUUGCUUUGCUUCAAUGCUGACCAAGAAACUUUACUUCAGACAAAAUAAGUAACUCUUUCAGACCUCAGUCCUUAAAUGAGCUGGUUUCAUGUACUUGGG